GUUAUAUCCUGGAUAUUUUAAAUAUUAUGUUAAGACUCUGGACCUUGUUUAAAUCCUAAGCAGAAUGUUGACUGUUUAAAGUGUUUGCACUACUAGUCAUAUUAGUCCUGUGUCUACACCGGUCAGUCUGGGACCUGCAUUGUGCAUCUAGGGUCAGCCCCGUGCGCAGCUUGGCAGCAAGCCGAUGAGUUCACGUAUCACUUUAUCGGAUCACUCCAUCUCUCCCUUCUCUGUACUCUCCCUGAAACACAACAGCUCCCUGAGACAUCCCUUCCAAGACCUCCAGCCACAAAUCUGGGGCUCUUUUCCUACCCUGCUGCAUACUCCCUGAAACUGCAUCCAGGGCCCAGCACAGGGGGGCAGAAAGGAGCCGCAGAAGGCGGUUGCCCCAUGCUCUUGGAGCCAUGGCUCCUCUAGACAGAGGGUAGCGUUACCCUUUCAGGUUUCAGGUGCCUACCCAGCUCACACUACCGUCACUGUGCCACCACUGCCACCUCCAUGUUACUGCCCAGGAGCUGGGGUAGAGAAGAAAGGAAAAAUUGGAGGGAUUCCCCCAACUCGCUGACCUCGAGGGGCUUCACGUCCCACUCCUCUGAUUAUUCCUGGAGCUCUUUCUGUUGGUGUACUUGAGGUUUCAAGCCGCCUGUGUGUCCAGGCUAGGCAAUACUGUUUACCUCACCACUUCUCUGCAGAACUUUGAAUCUGAUCUCCUUUUCUCAUCUGCCUACUGAGAGCUGCUCCUGCAUCUGUCCAGGAUUGGUGGCUGUCAGUGGGAAAGACAUGGGAAGAUGCUCCCUCCACCUUCCUGGGACCACCUUGUUGACUCAGCAGCCUUCCUUGCCGCCCACCAUGCCAUGCCUUCCCGGAUGGAGGCCCCGAGGGUGGCUUUUAGUUUUCCUACCCCUGUACCCCUCCAAGAAAGCUCUGGCACAGUGCAGAGGCCAGCAACUACUUGUCAAAUGAAUCAAAGGAGAGUCAAGCCGGAGCCAAGGGUCAGAAGCAGGGGCUUGCCUUCCCGAAGCCCAGCUCUUCUCUGGGCUCCCCUUUCCUUUCUGACACCUCCUGCUUGGUUGGCAGUGAGGUCUCCCAGGUCUAGGGGAUCCUUGCCACCACUUCUGCACCCAGCCCUGGCUAAGCGGCCUUGUUCUCAUCAAAGCUGUUGAGAUCUGCAGGGUACUCAGCUUCUACUUCCACUCCUACACAGCUGCAAGUGACUUGAAAAUAUGACCAUGCUUCAAAGUCUCCAGUGAUUCCCAUUGUGUUGGGACACAAAGCCCAUCUCUCUGCCAUGUGCCCCUGAUGGUCGCUGCCCCAGCUUGUUUGCUUUCUGUAGGGCUUGGGUCUUUGCCAACCCCUCUACCUGGACUGCUCUCCCUGUAGGACUCAUCAUAGCUGAGGCCUUUGCACUCUGCUCUUUCCACUCACAUGUCACCUCACGGCUGUCCCUGGCCUCUCCUUUCCCAUCUCUCCCAGUACAUUAUGGUCCUUAUUCCUAGCAUCUGGUGCUAUCUACGGUGGGCAUGUUUAGCUGCUGGUACGAUCCCUCCUCCACUGAAAUAUGGGCUUCAUGUCUGUUCCCUGUGGGACUGCCAGAGCCUGGUCCUCAGUCAUGUUUAGUUGGGCUAGUGAGUCGAAGGCACAAAAGAAGAUGAGGAGACGUGGCUUCAGUCAGGACCAGUGUGGAAUAGUGAGGCCCGUGCAUGGCACUGCUAGGAGGGAUGGGUUCCACCUGCCAGCCUUGGGGGUCCUGGCAGCCGACAGGACUUUGCCCACUGGGACUUGUGUGCCAACCUUUGGGUACAGAGCCUUAGCUUCACAGGCCCCAAGCCAGGAGCCCCUCCCCAGGUGGGCCAGCAGGGAUGGAGGGAGGCCUGUCGAGGGUUUCUUGCACACUCAGAUCCAAGUCUCAGAGUGGUGGUCCCUCUGCUGGCCUCUCACCCACCCUCUCCUGUUAUCAGAAGUGUCGCAGGUGACAGUGUGGUCACUGGGGUGGGAGGAAGUGGGAGGCCCUGAAUGGGGCCCAUGCCCAAGGGUCUGGCCACGGCCCCUUCAUUAGGGCCCCAACUGUGACUUUAUUGCUUAUAGUCUCUUCCCUGCCCUGGUGGCCCUCAUCCCCCAAACCUGAAUGCAGAAGUCUUGGUCCUGGACUCAACUCCAUGCCACCCUUCAGCCUACAUUGUGGGUUCCUGCUAAGCUGAGCAUUUACCUAACAAGACUUCUGACAGUCCUCAGUCCUACCCCCAACCCCCCUUGGAUUUCUCUUUUUCAAGGUGGUUUCAGCUAGGAGGGUGAGCGUGGCUUGGGCGAGGGCAGAUAGGGCGGGAGCAUGUGGCAUAUAUGGAUGAGACCUUGACAAAGGGACCCCAGAGGAAAGACAGGGACCCUUUCCCCUUUUGUCCUGGAAACCCGGCUCAGCCCCAGCCCUUGCCCAUUCUGCUGCUGCUGCCUGGUACCUCCCACAAGGCCAGACUCCUCUCCGCAAAGCUGUGGCCUGCACCAGCUCCUCUGGCUCUCCUCCUCUGCCUGCUGAGGGCCCCCUCCCAGCCUGGCUGUCAAUCACAGGAGAAAGGGGUUGGGAUUUUGUUUGUGCCUCUGUCUGAGCAGAGAAUGGCUGAUCAGGCCACUGAGCCUUGCCCUGGAGAGCCCCUCUGUCCCUGCUACCCCCAUCUCCCCUGGCCCAGACUUCUGCCCUCCAUGCCCAUCCCUGACCAGCAGCCCCACUCAGCCUGGGCUCUGGGUGCCAGCUGGUUACAGACAUGCCACCUGAACCCAGGCCAGGAGCUGGUGGAUGCGUGGGGCUAUUUUAAGCACAGCUUCUUGGCCUGCACACUCCCCUGGCCCCCAGCCCCCAGCAGCUCAGCUACUGGUCACCUGCCACCGCCUGGAAUGCUGAUCGGCAGUUGGCUGGGGUGGGGGCUGGGAAGACACUAUUAUAAAGCUGGGAGUGUUGGGAAGCAGCCGUCCCCGUCCAGAGUCCUCUGUGGUCCCUGCUGCCACCAUGGCCACUCACCGCCUCGUGAUGGUCCGGCACGGCGAGAGCACAUGGAACCAGGAGAACCGUUUCUGUGGCUGGUUUGAUGCAGAGCUGAGUGAAAAGGGGACCGAGGAGGCCAAGCGGGGAGCCAAGGCCAUCAAGGACGCCAAGAUGGAGUUUGACAUCUGCUACACGUCGGUGCUGAAGCGGGCCAUCCGCACCCUCUGGGCCAUCCUGGACGGCACGGACCAGAUGUGGCUGCCUGUGGUGCGCACUUGGCGCCUCAAUGAGCGGCAUUACGGGGGCCUCACAGGCCUCAACAAGGCAGAAACAGCCGCCAAGCACGGGGAGGAACAGGUGAAGAUCUGGAGGCGCUCCUUUGACAUCCCGCCGCCCCCGAUGGACGAGAAGCACCCCUACUACAACUCCAUUAGCAAGGAGCGUCGGUACGCAGGCCUGAAGCCCGGGGAACUGCCCACCUGCGAGAGCCUCAAGGACACCAUUGCCCGGGCCCUGCCCUUCUGGAACGAGGAGAUUGUUCCCCAGAUAAAGGCCGGCAAGCGAGUGCUCAUUGCAGCCCACGGGAACAGCCUGCGGGGCAUUGUCAAGCACCUGGAAGGGAUGUCAGACCAGGCGAUCAUGGAGCUGAACCUGCCCACGGGGAUCCCCAUUGUGUAUGAGCUGAACAAGGAGCUGAAGCCCACCAAGCCCAUGCAGUUCCUGGGUGAUGAGGAAACGGUGCGGAAGGCCAUGGAGGCUGUGGCUGCCCAGGGCAAGGCCAAGUGAGGGGUGGGCUUGGGCAAUAAAGGCACCUUCCCCCACA